ACUGCCAAUAUUGAAAAUGUUACCGUGCUUUUCCGUUCGGCUGGUGAAGUGAAGCUGAUCGUGUUUACUGAUUACUCAAAUAAUGCAGGAAAUACACUUCCGCUUAAUCACUACAUUUUUGACAAAACGCUUUGCUGGUAAUUUGUGUUAGGAUAAUUAUCUCAGGAAAACCAAAUGGCUUGAAUGUUUACUAACAAUAUAUAAAAAACUUGUCUUUAUGUAAAGUUUUAGUCAAGUACAACUGGCGAAAACUUUUAUAGAUUGUACAGUUAAAAAUCUCCUUUGAUGAGCAUUCAAUAAGUAAUUUUAUAAACGGUAGUGAUGGAUGAUUAGAAACCUUUUAAUAGAUUCCUGUCGGUAUAUCGACUUGUAAGCAUCUGGAUUAAAUUGUGUAACAUCUACUCCAAAUGCACAUCAUGGCGUUUACGAAAAAGUGUUCGUUGGUAAGCCUAUGUGAUGGAUAUAACUGCGAUAAGCGGAGCUCCAGCACUUGGCCAUGCGUGUCUGCUGCGAGUGCCCCAGUGUGGAGGUGUGGUCUGGUCUCCGUGCCGCACACGCAGCGGCAGCAGCGAGCUCAGACACUCAGCCCCGGAUCGGACGGCUCUCAUCCAGCCAGCCGGCCCCUCAGGUGUGAAGCUGUGGAUGAAGAUGCAGGAGGGAGACCUGGAUGCAGAGCUACAGGGACUGACGACAGUCGCCCAGAGAAUCGAUGAGAUCCUGCAGGAGGAGGGCAACCGUCUCUGUGCCGCCGAUGUCGAGUCCGAACUCAAGAAGCAGUUCGCCUUCCUGCCAGGGGGGCGGGGGAAGAACGGUAGCCCCGUCAUUGUCUUCCCAGAAUUCCCUGCAUUCGACCAGCUCCAGGAUGGUGAAUUUCACAAUGUGUUGACGUACCUGACCAGCAUCUCCAGCAUCUCCACGGCAACGCUUGGGUUCAUCCUGGUCAUUGACCGUCGGCUGGACAAAUGGACAUCCGUGAGGGCGACUCUGCUGCGGAUUGCGGUGAGGAUGAACCCUGAGUGUGUGCGAGCGCAACUGGACCUUCUGGCAGAAUACCUGAAGGGGCCCAUGUUCUCGGAGGUCACAAUCAGCCCGGGUCAUGUGGAGCACAUGCUGAAGGACGUCAGCAGCCAUGAGGAGAAAGUCUGUGAUUGUGUUCAGCGAGCUCAGGAAUUAGCCUGUCAGGGAGACCAGCUCGUUGAGAGCUUCCACUACGCCCUGGACUCCAUCCUGCUCAAGUGCGGCGAGCUGCGGGCCACCAGCGAAGACCUCAGCUCAGACCUGAAGGCCAAGAAGACCCACCUGCUAAAAGCCAUGGAGCUGCACCAGAACCUGGAGAAGGUUGCUAAGUGGUGUGAGGAUGGCAUCUACCUACUCGCCUCCCAGCCCGUGGACAAGUGCCAGUCUCAGGAAGGGGCCGAGUCUGCACUGCAAGAGUUAGAGCACUACCUCAGCACCAGGGGGCAGCAGAGUCAACACAUAGCGCUUGACAGCAUUUGGAGGGACUAUGAUGCUGUGCUGAAUGGUGAAUUCAGGGAUCAUGUGGAGAAGGUCUUCCAGAAACAGGUGUCCAUGGAGGAGAUGUUCGACAAGCGUCGUGUUAGCCUGAAGAAGCUGGCGGCCAAGCAGACCCGCCCCAUCCAGCCCGUUGCCCCCAGCCCUGAGGCCUCUAUGAAGUCACCAGUUUCCUCCCCAGUUCACCUCGGCCCUGAGAAAAUCAGUAGUGACCCUAACCGACUUAAUGGAAUGAACAAUACAAAGGUCGAGCUUAAUCUGCAGUGCAGCAGCAAGUAUGGGUCGAUCUCAGAGGAAGAAGACAAUUUGGCAAUUCUAAGGCGGCAUGUGAUGAACGAACUGCUGGAGACAGAAAGGGUCUAUGUAGAGGAGUUACUUUGUGUGCUUCAGGGCUAUGCUGCAGAGAUGGACAAUCCGGCAAUGAUACAUCUGAUCCCCAGUGUGCUGCUGAACAAGAAGGACGUGCUCUUUGGCAACAUGCCUGAGAUAUACCAGUUUCAUAAGAAGAACUUUCUGAGGGAGCUGGAGACUUACACUGAAUGUCCUGAGUUGGUGGGUCGUUGUUUUCUACAGAGGAUGACGGAUCUGCAGAUCUAUGAGAAGUACUGUCAGAACAAGCCUCGCUCUGAGAGCCUGUGGAGGCAGAGCUCGGACUGCACCUUCUUCCAGGAGUGUCAAAAAAAACUUGAACACAAACUGGGCCUGGAUUCCUACCUGUUGAAACCAGUGCAGAGGAUUACCAAGUACCAGCUGUUACUGAGAGAGCUAAUAAAGUACAGCAAAGGCUGUGAGGGGGCAGAGGACCUGCAGGAGGCGCUCUCAGCCAUUCUGGGCAUCCUGAAAGCCGUCAAUGACUCCAUGCACCUCAUUGCCAUCACUGGAUACGAGGGCAACCUGAACAACCUGGGCAGGCUUCUGAUGCAGGGCUCAUUCAGUGUCUGGAUAGAGCACAAAAAAGCCCACGCCAAGGUGAAGGACCUGGCUCGCUUUAAACCGAUGCAGCGGCACCUCUUCCUGCAUGAGAAGGCGCUGCUCUUCUGCAAGAGGAGGGAGGAGAGUGGGGAAGGCUAUGAGAAAGCCCCCUCCUACAGCUUCAAGCACUCGCUCAACAUGAGUGCUGUGGGCAUCACAGAGAAUGUGAAAGGACACAGCAAGAAGUUUGAGAUCUGGUCUAACUCCAGAGAGGAGGUGUACAUAGCGCAGGCCCCAACGGCUGAUAUUAAGACAGCGUGGGUGAAUGAAAUACGAAAAGUUCUAACAGGACAGCUGAAAGCCUGGAAGGAUGCCAGCCAGCAAAGAACACCAGAGCAGCUGCUACUGCAAACCCCUGCAACUGCAAACCUGAGUCCACUCAAAAGCUGCCAGAAAAGCAUAAAGAAGGGAGAGGAGAAGAAGGUUUAUGAUCCAGAGUCUAACUCCUCACCCUCUCAUAACACAGAUAAAGUGAAAGAUGAGACUGUCACAAGCCCGACCACAGAAAGGGCUGCUGUAGCUAAAAAGCGCUUUACUUUGCAAGGUUUUACCAGCCUGAAGACGCAGAGAGGAUCUCCCACCAGCCCCGAAAACAAAAUCAAGCUGCACGACAUUAAGAGUGACCUCACUCCCUUAAGAGACUGGCCCAAGGCUUCAACAGAUGCUUCAGAGGACAAUGAUGACUCCUCCAGCACGGAGGACCCCCUGAACUCCGACCCCGAGGAUGAGGGGGGCAAGAAACUGUCUCCUGGGAAAUAUACAGUGGAGGCAGACUAUGACAGUGGAGAGCCCCAGGAUGUGUCAGUGAAGAGCGGGAACAUAGUGCAGCUGGUGAAGGAAGGAGACAAUGGACAGUGGUUUGUAUGUAACCUGACAACCAACAAAGAGGGUUGGAUUCCAGCAUCUAAUCUGGCACCUCUACUCCAACAGUCCAAGUCUAUACAGUCUCUCAGCAGUUCAGAGGGCAGUGGCUCAGGUGACCUCAGCACAUCCUCCAGCUGUAGUGAAACCUACACCAGCUUCUCUGACAUCAAAGCCUGAGGUCCCCAUCCACCCAGAUGUUAAGUGCCACCUGGUGGCCAAAACUAUUCUACUCCACUGCACUCCCUGCAAAGUCAUGUGCCCAGCUCCUUGAACAUUAAUGACAUGGAAGUGACAUGGAUGUCAACACGGAUGUUGGAAAUCUUCCAAUGGCAAGUCAUCUUGUAUGUGAGGAGAGUUGAUGGAACUGAAGCACCUAGGAGCAGACAGAAAUAGUCCUAAUUAUUUUUCUCUAAACCUCAAGCCCAAGAACAGCUCCCUGCACUGGAUUACUGGACUGUAGACUGAACUGCACUGGAUUAUUGGACUGUGUGCCUCAGUGGGCUCUUCUUUUGUCCUGCAUGUUUGUUUCUACUGAUGCUGUUGGUCUAUAUCCAAGAUCCUGGCGAAUCCCCUAGAAAUGUUCACAAAGAAAGAAUGACCCUCUCUUAAUACAAAUAUGUUCAGCCACAACUGAUCUUCAAUCAUCAAUUUGAUCUUCAAACUCUGAUGUGUCCCGCAGCACCAGGACAGUGAGGCUUGAGUAUUUAUUGAAACAUUAUAGGACACUGGGGCUCUGCAUUGUUUUACUGUGAUAGUACUAGUCUGAUAGCUCUCUUGAUCACAUGAUUUAUCCUCUAUGUACAUAUAAAUACUGUAUAAAUUUAAAUGGAAAAAUUUAAGUAUUUUAAUCAGUUCUGAAAUGCUGACAGAAGUUAGUUACAGUUGUAUGAAUACAUUAUAAACCCAUGUACAGAAAUCUUGUAAAGCAUUGCAUAGUUGUACAGAUAUUAUAUAAUGUUUUGUUUAAUAUAAAAUGUAUAUAUAUUGUAUAUAAAGAUUAUAUCUUAAACUUUCACAGAUAUAUGAUGAUGCUGAUUUUUUUUUAUUUGGUUUGCGAUAAGAUGUGUUGUGCUUCAUGAUUCCUUUUCAUCUGUACAGGAUCAUAUAUAUCAAAGUGUCUUCCACUAUCUCACUGUCUCACUCAGCGAUCAUACUGAGCUCCUGUGCUUAAAACACAAGGACGGGCUGUUUCGUCAUGGAAAUCUCAAGUUAUACAGUACUGUGUGAAAGUCAUAGUUAGUCAAAGAAAGAAGUGUUUAAAUAGUCUUCAUAUUGGUGUAAACUAUAAAAUAUGUCUGUCAAAGUGUGGAUUAGCCGUUUAAAAAAACCUCUCCUAAAAUCACUGGAGUAUUUGGAGCAACUUUCCAGUGCACCAGUGGUCACCAACCCUGCUCCAGAUCCACCACCCUGCAAGGCUUAGGUGCAGCCCUACUUUAACACAUUUGAUACAGUAAGUACUGCAGCCAGCUACGUUGAAGCCAACAGUUGGCUCUAAUACUGAGAUGCUGCUGAACUCGGGCUGUACCUAACUAAGCUCUGCAAGGUGGGAGAUCUCCAAGAGCAGGGUUGAUGACCACUGCAAUAUACCAAUGUAUUUUUUGACUCAACCACUAGAGCACCAUCUUUGGCUAA